AUGCCCUUCAAACGCCCAGCCCCCAAUCCGACGCGGUCAGACUCCGCGUCCGGAUCUUCCUCGUCUUCAGGCUCACCGCCUCCCGCAAAACGCUCUAAGACCUCCGUGACCAAAUCGCUGCCGGAGACAAAGGUUUAUGUUGUGCAGGCGAAACUCGACGCGGCCGCUAUCUCCGAAUUGCUCACCCUGGGAGAACGGCAUACGAAGGGCGUUUGCAAGAACGCGGCGGACGCGGACGUUAUCAUCACGGCUAUAAGCAUGCGGCGGCGUUUCGAGAGACAUGUUCCUUGGGAUAUCGCGACGUCGAAAGCAGUCGUGGCGCCCCGAUGGCUGCGCGACUCCAUCGAACACGGCUCUGCCCUUCCAUGUGGGGACUACGUCGCCAUCGAAGACCUGCACGAGACGACCGUGAAGAACUGCCCGGACUGCAACUGCAAGCCCUGCGCGUGCGCGGACUCCUCCGCGAGCGCGUUAUCUCCGUCGUCCUCCCCAAAACGCGCUAGGCAUCUCCCUUCCCCUCCGACGUCUCCCAGCACGUCGAGGCAUGACACCUCCAAACAACCCGUUUCAAUACCGGCGCAUCUUCUACCUCCAGACCCACCCAACGUGACCGACCUCGAGAAGCUCAACUACAUGUCGCUCUACGCAUGCCAGAGAGCGUCGCCGCUGGUAUGCCCGAACCAGGACCUCGCGCGCGAGCUCGACAUCAUCCGGCAAAGCCGCGCGCUGGAGGGCGAAGACCGGAGCGCGUUGAGCUACCAGCGCGCCAUCUCCGUGAUCAAAGCGUAUCCCGAGAAAAUACGGUCGUUGAAGCAGGUGCAGAAGCUGCCUUACAUAGGCGUGAAGAUCUCUGGUCUUGUCGACGAAUACCUCGACAACGGCCACAUCUCCGAAGCGCAAACGAUCCAGUCCUCAGAGCGCUUCCGCACCCUCUCGCUCUUCACCUCCAUCUACGGCAUCGGCCCGCACGCCGCGCGCCGCCUCUUCGCCCUCGGCCUCCGCUCGCUCGCCGACCUCGAGAUCUACUACGGCGUCGAGCGUUCCCAAGUUCAACAGUCGCAAAUCAUCGAGGUCGAGGAAAAACCGCGCCAGGCGGGAUGGAAGGGCCGCGACAAGAAGGAUAAGGGCGACGAGGAGGGACUGGGAGAUAGCUGGAUCCGCGUCGCAUUGGGGCUGCGGGAGGAUCUGAGUAAGAUGAUCCCGAGGGACGAGGUCGAGGAGAUCGGGCGCGUCGUGAUGCGCGAGCUCGACGCGCUCGAGCCGGGCUGUGUCUCCACGAUCGUCGGCGGGUAUAGAAGGGGAAAGCCGAAGAGCAACGACGUCGACAUCGUGUUCACGCACCCGGACGCCGGCAAGGUCAAGGGCCUCUGCAAGCGCUUCGUCAAACACCUGCACGGACGCGGCAUGGUCACCCACGUCAUGCACCUGUCGAGCUUCCACGCACACGACCCACUCCGAACAACGCACUGGGACACGCUCGAGAAGUCGCUCACCGUGUUCGUCCUCCCGCCUUCCUCCGCGCUGAACUCGAGCGUGCCGGUGCGCCGCCGCGUGGACCUCAUAUUUGCGCCGCCGGAGGUGUAUUGGACGGCUGUCGUUGGCUGGAGCGGGUCGAUCAUGUUCCAGCGGGACCUGAGGCAGUGGGCGAAGGACCGGUGCGGGAUGAAGUUUGAUAGUUCUGGCAUAACCCGGCGAUACGACUCGAAAGAGUUCCACCCGAAAACAGAAAAAGAGGCGUUCGAGCUGCUUGGGCUCGAGUGGGUCGACCCCGUUUGGCGGAACGCGGACUUGUGA